GACGCACAACACAAUCCCCAGUUUCCCUCUGCGAAGCGUGUGGCUGCCGGCUAGGUUUUUGCCCUCAAGUCCUGAACCCAAAGCCGCCGCCGCCGAAAGGGUUCUCUGCUCGCCAUCUCGGACGCUCGCCGGGCCAAUCCCAACUCCCAAGUAGUCCUCGCCGCAGAUGGCAGUCCCCGGCGCCCGCAACGGCCUCAUGGACGACGACGACGACAUCGCUGAGCACGCUGAGGCCUUCGGCGGCGCUUCCGAUGACGAGGAGGUGCCUCCCCACCUUCGCGCACUCGCCGAUGCCGCCCAGUCCGGCGAUGUCGAGGCCCUACGCGCCGCCCUCGAUAAUCAUGGUGGCAGCAUUGAUGUUCCAGUGGAAGAUGGUGAUACUUUGCUUCACCUGGCAUGCUUAUAUGGUCAUCUCCCUUGUGUGCAGCUACUGUUGGAACAUGGAGCUAGCUUGGAAUGCAAAGAUGAAGAAGGAGCAAUUCCUCUUCACGAUGCUUGUGCUGGAGGCUUCACCGAGAUAGCCCAAUAUAUUCUCAAUUUUGCUGCUAACAAGGAUGAUUGCAUAGUGCGAAUGCUCAACACCGUUGAUUCUGAAGGCGAUACCCCUCUCCAUCAUGCUGCUAGAGGGGAACAUUUGGAUGUUGUCAAGCUUUUGCUCAAGGCUGGGGCAUGUCCCAAGAAGGAGAACUCUUAUGGGCAGACACCCGCCGAUAUGGCUGACCAAGACACCGAAGUCCGAACUCUGUUGACUGCCAAACAAAUUGAGGCAAGCACACACAUGAGUGAUGAUUAAGCGGCCAGUGGAAACUGGUAAUGUGGACUAGUAGUCUCUUAAUAUACUUCUAUCUAUCAUCCAAACUUCAUCGACACUGAACUUAUAUUGUAGUCAGAACUUGUAGCGUGGAGAGAUUAAGUACAUGAUUGAUGCUCCUUUUUCAUAUCGUUGCAUUACAGGAAAGAAAAAAAAUUGAGGACCCUUCUAUUUUA